AUGGCCCCUCACCUGGUAAAGAAGCAGAAACAACAGCAACAGCAGCAGCAAUUUCAACAACAACAAACGACGGACAAUGUACGACGUCCUAAUAUUUGGCGCUUCAUUUCAGUGAGGCGCUUUGGUCAGCGUUCGAGGCGGGAUUCCGCAGACGAAGACGAGGACCAUGUGCGACAGGCGGCUGCCACAAACCACCUAUACUAUGGCGAUGGGUCGGACAGGUCUGACCCUGUCCUCAUCGGCGGAGAUGUCGCGGAUGACGAGGAGUCGGUUUGCUCCCAAUAUACCGACGCACGCUCCAACUGGGACCACACCUUGACAAACCGCGAGGACGCAAUUUCCUUUGCUUUCAGCGAGCUGCUGCAGUCUGGCGAUGACAAUGAUGAUGCAGUACAAAACCACUGGCGGGCCAAGGGCACAUCGCCGUCAUCAAACUCUAAUAAUAAGCAUCCCUCGGGACUCCGUGGUGACAAUGCCAGCAGCAACAAAGACCGACGACCAGACUCGAGUAGGACAAUCAACAAUUCUUCUGACGCUGUGAUCAAUUUUCAGGGUCUGGAGAACCAGUUUGAUGCCUAUUUUGCCAGGGAAACGCCGCCAAUGCAUUUUCAAGACUUGCAGCGAAUGGCCGUCGACCCCUUUGCAACAACGGGCCCGGUGCAUCACCAACUGGAACAGCGUGAUGUAUCCUUGCACGACAACUUUCCCGUCACCCCCAGAAAAGGCAAAACCGUUCAGAGCCCCCCGGACUGGAGCUCUGCUGAGAACCCAUGGGCACUCCUCCAGGACGCUGAUCUGGAGCCCGAUGACCGAGAAACCAUAAUGGCGGAAAAUGCACGCCUGCGAGCAGAACUCGAGGAACUCAGGGCCAUGUCCUCCAAGGACUCUUCACCAGAGUCCCAUCGGCCUUCCACAGCAUCGCCAGUCCGCUCUCCUGCCCUGCGGCCUACAAGCAGAUUGCGGAGAAGCAAGAACAAGAAGCGAUCCGAUGUUACUCUGUUUGAGACGACAACUCUACGGGAUCUUGUGCUCAAGAGACUGUUUACACCCCAUGUCAUUGUUGACGGUAUCAUCCACGACGAGGAACAGCCCUUGACUCUCGAUACUCCUCUCUCGGCAUCUCAGGUUCAGGAGUUUACAAGGAUUAUGAACGAUGUCAUUGUCUCUGGGAGUCACUUGAAGCAACCCAUCGCACUAUGCGCAGUGUGCCAUCUUCCCAAGUUUAAGGGCAUCAAGAACCCGCAUCAGAGCUCGUACGUUUCUGAAGUCUUGUCACAGCUUCCGAUGGUCUCUGCCUCGGCAUUCGAGGACUUUGACCCUGAUCUGGGUACUUCGAGCUGCUGUAGGCGCUUUGUGUGCAAGACAUGCCUGAGUGCUGCCAUCAUCUCGGGGAUAUCAACUCAAUGGUGGUUCGACUUGCAGAAUCGCGGAUCGAACUGGCUCAAGUGCCCGGUACCAUGCUGUGGCCGUAACCUACCGCUCAACUCCAGCGAUGAGAUUCGCGCGGCAAUGGAGAACUUGGGACUACACAACACUGCACCGUAUAUCGAGCGCUACAAACGAGGUACAAAGCUGCGGUCUCACUUGCAGAAACUCGAUCCACUUCCCGGAAGAGACGAGCUCCGUCGGAGCAAGGCUUUGCACGAUCGCCUCGUUCGGCAUCACCGCAUGCAGCCAUUACUCGAGAAUGUUCUCGACAACGCGGACGAUGAGAACCUCGAUGUUGUGAAUCUUCCGAUCGACACAGCUGAUGGUCAAGGAACUUUGAUGAUUCCCAUUUUCAAAGGGCUGCUACGACAUCGCAUUCCCCGAACCUGUCUCGUGUGCGACGAUACUCAUUACGAACUCAACACUGGCAAUCAGGAGAAUUGGAACAAGAUCAUCAAAGGCUUAGGUGGUGAUUGGACAUGGCGCGUGAGGUCCUUUCCGAUUGCCGAGAUCUUGCCGGGAUGUCAACAUGAUCACGACAUUUGUCGGGCUUGUCUGUCAAUGCAUAUCACCACCCAGAUCGAGAGCCGGGGCUUUAGUGCAGUGGACAAUAUAACGUGUCCAACACCCGACUGCCAGCAUCGAUUCACAUAUGCAGAGAUUCGUUGUCUCGCCACUGCCGAGGCCUUUACCGCUUACGAUCGCUACACUGUCCUCAAAUCGAUCUCGUCCCAGCCAAACUUUCGAUGGUGUCUGCGAGAGGGCUGCAUCUCGGGUAGCCUGUAUGAUGACCCGGCGACAGUUCCCUCCUCGGUUCAAGACGAAGCCGACGCCAACUGUAUCGAAUGUUCCGAGUGCAACUUUACCAUGUGCUAUACGUGUCAAAGUCCCUGGCAUGCGGAUCUCACAUGUGCACAGUAUGCAUCGCAGCGGGAGCACUCUUUCACCGAGACGCAGACCUGGCUCGCGGAACAUACCAAACCUUGUCCCGGGGAAGGGUGUGGCGUGCAGGUUCAAAAGGGGGAUGGGUGUUUCCACAUGACCUGUUCCAGGUGUCACUACGAGUUCUGCUGGGAGUGUCUGGCAGACUGGCGCGGCAUCUUUGUACCGGGAGAAGAGGGUGGUUUUCUUCGGGCUGAUGGACACCGCGAGGGAUGUUUCUUUCGAGACCAGUCGGCUCCGCUGCCUACUCAGGUUGUCGGCGCAGAUUUGGCGGCAGCCUUGCGUAGAUUGGAACAAGACGAUGACGCUCCGGCUGCUGCGCAAUAG